ACAUAUGCUUGUUAAUUUGCAGCUAACUUAGUUUCUUUGAAAAUACUUUCUUAGUUUACCCGUUGGAGCAAUUCCUAGAAAAUACUCAGCUUUUAAUUCCAUGUCGAAUAGUACGAUCAGUGCUGGAGUCUCCUCCGCAGCAGCUCCAGCCCCGGAACAGGUGGGUGAAGACUCGAAUUUCGAAAACAUAAGCAGAGUCAUCACCUUAGCCUGCAUGCUGCUCAUCUGCCUCAGCUUCCUCACUGCGGCCACAAAGCAUCGGCUUUGGCACGCCAAUUCCCCAAUCGACAAACUGCACAAGUUCGUCCUUGACCAGAUACUGGAUCAGCUGAUGGACUUGGCCUCCAUCUAUCUGCUCACCUCGAAGGGCAUCUACCUCGUGUGGGGUGUGAUCUUGAUGAUCGCCAAUGGCGCUAUCACUUGCAUCGCCGUUACCCACACCCUUUCCGACUCCAGGUCCAGCUUCAUGAAUCUCUUCUUCAUCGGGCUGCUUAGCUACAAUCUGAUCGUGCCUCUCCGGGACAUCGAAGAUGCUGAUCCCUUUUCCCACUUCGUCAUCAACCUGUGGAUGAUUUGGGGGUUGAUCAUUCUGAAGACAGUGGACAAGUUCUUCAGCUUUUGGGUUGCCAAACGCGCGUACGGAUCAGCAGAUAGGACCAACAUCAUCUCUGACUACAUGCGAUUUGAGUGUACGCUGAGCACUGGCACUCUCGAUCCCGUCUCCAUGCGAGGUUAUAAAUACAUCGUGAGCGGAGAAGAAAAAGUAUCAUUCCAGACAAAGAUAACAGAUGACCGCCAGGUGGAUAUCGACAUCGCAAACAGUUUGAGCGAUAAAGUGGUGACGGUGGAGAGAGUGUGGGACUGCAGAGAUCAGCUGCUCGGACGCAAAAUGGACUCAGAUGGGAAAUUCAAGGACAUAUGUCUCUCCUUCGCCUUGAUGAAGCUGCUGAGAAGAAGGUUUCUCGAUUACCCUGCUGAGGAACUAAAUGACGUAUCCAAGAGCAUGACAUUGGUCUUACAGGGGCUCCUUAACCUUGAGUCGGAGGACAAGCACAGGGCCUUUCGGGUGAUCAUGACAGAGUUAGGGUUCUUACAAGACCUCUUCUUUUCCCAGUAUCCUAUUAUUUUUGGUUGUGGAUUUCCGAUCUACAAUUAUCUUCUGUCUCUGUUGCUGUUGGGAGCCACUGGUUGCCUCGCCAACACAGCUUAUUCUGACACCCACGAUCUGGGAGGCAACGAUAUUGAUCUUUAUAUCACUUUUGUCCUCGUAGCCAUGAUCAUUAUCAUGGAGAUCACUGAAACAGCCACUUACUUGCUCUCCGACUGGAACAAAGUGACGUUACUGAUCAACUACGUAAAGUUUCCAUGGCUACAGAAAUCAUGUUUUAUUAACACGGCGCUUCGAUUCUUGUGCAAGAUAAAGAUCAUGCAACCUGUGCGCGAUAAAAUCGGACAGUUUUCGCUCCUUGAACAGUUUGGCAAGUUCUCGAUCAGAGCUAAGCUGUGCAAUAGCAGAGCAACCUUCGGCAAUGGGGUCAUGAAAUUCUGUCAUGCAUCUGUUAAAUUACCCGACGAGGCGAAGAGAAUGAUCUUGGAUCAGCUCCGUCUGUUAAGCCGAGGCACCCUCUCCAACGGUGAGUCGUCACUGCGUCGAAAUGGGAUGGAAGAAUUGGGCUGGACCUGCAAGCUUCAGGCCAGCACGCAGACGAUUCUGUUAUGGCACAUUGCCACUUGGUACUGCGAAAAAAUGGGGCAAUCGCAACGGUCUCUUCCGUCGUCGGGAAAGAAAGAGGUCGCCACCGCGCUAUCGAAUUACUGUGCGUACCUCGUUGUCUUUGUUCCGGAUUUGCUGCCCGAUCAGGGCAACAAAGCAAAAAGAAUUUUAGACAAGUUGGCGAGUGAGAUCGACAAGGUCGGGGCCAGAGAUGAGCUGCACAUGUUGGAUAUCAUGAUGGGGCUCCUUGAAUCAAACACGAUACUAGGGAUGGGUGCAGAGUUGGGGAAGAGGUUGGUGGAAUCCAUCAGUGAUGAGAACAAGAGAUGGGAUGUGUUGGCGGAGUUCUGGGCAGAGUACGUCCUGUACCUUGCACCGUCGGACAACGUUCAAGCUCACCAUGAAAGCCUUGGUUCCGGAGGGGAGUUCAUUACCCAUCUGUGGGUUCUCUUGUAUCAUGCAGGCGUUCUUGAUCGAGCGUCCAGAGAUACCUUAGCUUCAAACACCUACCCGUGAUAUGCAUUGUACCCUGAACCCUAAAUGCUUGAUGUACCUGAAUUAAGCAGACAUGAAUCUUAUCAUUUAUGUAAUAAAUGUAUCUAUCUAAUUAAUCAAGUGUGAUAUAAAGAUUUCUAUUGAGUAAUAUAAA